ACGCUUCUUCAAGUUUCCCGUUUCCAUGGAAACGCUAACAAAGCUAACUAACUGCACUUUGGCUAAUUUAUACAAGGAAAAACACUCAUAAAUAUAAAGACAAUGUCCGGAUCCGAGGAGCAGGCUCUGCUGGAGCUGAACCUGCGGAGGGAGACGUGGUGUCAGGUGGAGGGGAAACCCCGGCAGUCCUGGGAGCGGACCGAGAGGAGACACUACCGGAGUCACCUGCGGACCAGCCCGGUCCUCCUCACCGCUCUGACCGCCGGACCGCAGCGCAGGGCGGCCCGCACCGAGCGGCCGCCUCCGGCAAAGCUUCCGGAGAGAAAGCACUUUGAAGAAAGCUAUAAAUCACACCUGGUGUAGACGGCUGCAGCCUGACGAGGCCCGCGAGCUCCGUCUGACUUUUAACACACAAACCUCCAACUCAAACCAGAGCAUUCAGUUUAGUGUGUUCAGUUUUCAGUAUUUUAUUUCACUCAUUUACUUUCAAAAGUUCAGAGUCUGUGUAACAA